AUGCCUAGUAAAGAGGAAAUGUGUUUUAUAGCAAACAACAUGGAUAACAAAAAUUGUCUCACGGCGAAUUCGAAAAAGGAUUUUCUUUCCCGUGACGUCGUCGAAGAUUUGGUACUUGAAAUAAAAGAAAAUUUACGUUUAGGCGGAUUAAAAUCUCGACCUGCGUAUGCGGCUCACAACAGAGCGUCACGUCCAUCGCCAUAUCGUAUUCCAAGCCGUUCCCGCAGUUGGGGGGAAGGUGCAUGCGAGGACUGCCUCAAGGCCACAACCAGGCACUGCGGUGGCCAUUCUUGCUUAACGAUCAAUAACAAAACUCUUAAAACCAAAUCCAAUGUCACAUCAGCAGAUGAUCCCUAUGAAAUGCUACAAGAAUUAUUACGAGAUGGAAGUUUAAUUAAAGAAGCCGUACGUAGAUUAGAAAUGGGACUUUCACCCAAACAGCGAUAUUUUUACGAUUCAGAUGAGGAAUCGCGAACACCGUUACGGGUUUGUAACGUUGACCUAUCUUUGGAUAUAUUCUUCGGACCCCUUCAUAAUUUGGGGAAAUGA